CGUGUUAUCGCCUCUUCUUCUCCUCUCUCCGAAACUCGCUAGCUGCCCGCUAAGAAUCUCCGGGAUCCUCCGUUCCGUCCGUAUAACAAUGGCGGAAGCUGCGGCCGAUCAACCUCCGUCUCUUUCCGAUCAAUAUCUGUUGGAGAAAGAAGAGAAACAGGAGAUUAAGUCCGUGGAAGUGAAAGAGGAGGUACCUGCUGUUACUGCUCCAACCGAAGAGGUUGCAGAGGAAGCCAUUGAAGCAUCUCCUGCUGUAGAAAGCAACCCCCCUGCUUCUGCAGUCGGAGACGAGACUGAACCUCCUCCUCCUUCCACCACGGAAGAUAGUUCCGAGGCUCCUGAGGAAACUCCUGCCGCGGAAGAAAAUAACGACGAAAAUUCCGGUGAAGAAAAUGCUGAGGAGGCCCCUGAGAUCAAGCUUGAGACGGCCCCGGCAGAUUUCCGUUUCCCGACAACAAACCAGACAAGGCAUUGCUUCACUCGUUACAUAGAGUAUCAUAGGUGUGUGGCUGCCAAGGGGGAGGAUGCUCAAGAAUGUGAUAAGUUUGCAAAAUAUUAUCGCUCUCUCUGUCCCAGCGAAUGGGUGGAGAGGUGGAACGAGCAGAGGGAGAACGGGACUUUCCCAGGACCUCUGUAAAGACAGCCAAUGUCAGGUUCCAAUUCCCGGGGGUUUUGCCCAAAUUUUAGACUGGUGAGUGUAAUAAGAUAUCGUAUUUAUAAUCUUGUAUGGGUUUUACAAGCGAACCCAUGAUGAUGUUUCUCCUCAUAAAACCUGAGAAGCGAACCCAUGAUGAUGUUUCUCCUCAUAAAACCUGAGAUUUUCAUGCCCGGCCGGGUUAAGGCAGAGCUCUGAUCUCAGUGUCCCUUUACUUGAGACACCAUUUUGUUUCCAUUGGGCUGACGGUCCAUUCAAAGAUUCUUUCAUGUUGGAUCAUAUUGGGCUUUUGACACU